UCACUGAUGCAGACAACGGCGACCAUCUGACAUCCGACAAACACUUCUCAAUUUCUAAAAGGUACACUUAUAAACAACAAGAAACCAUGGACUUGACAAAGAAAUCAAAGAAAUCAAAGGUUCUUCCAGCACGCCAGGACUUCAAUGUGUCUGUCCAGCAGCCCGACGUGUCGUCUGCCACUCAAACUGUUCAAGAUCCUGAGUCCAGAGUGUUUUGUGAUGGAACCAAUGAAGUUGAUAAAGUCAACACUGCCACGCCAGACAAUGCAAAACUGUGUUCCAACUUUGAGCCAGUAAAUGGUCCAAUAAUACAGGACAAAGAGCAGCUGAUUGGAGAGGAUGUUAUAAUAGCUGAAGAAACCCCGUCGCUACCGGAGCAAGAACGGAGUGAUGAACUGGUAUGUGGGAAGAAAGACGUAUCUUGUGUUACCAACAUUUUACCCAGUUCAAAGAACCAUGAAGAAAUUGUCAAGGCGACGAGCUGCCAAGAAAUCCGUGCAAGAAAACACCCGAUAAGACUCACCAGGACUGGUAAAUGUGGUGUUUACAAAAACUGUUUCCAUGUAACAAAGGAGCAUGACUUCCCUUGUCACAAAGCUAAAGAAGGAAUAGUGUUUGAGCAAUGCAAACAAAAAGUUGGCCUAGUCCGAUGUAUGAUUUGUGGAAACUGGGGGACCUGCUUUCGUAUUGGCAAAUGCUACAUUCUCACGUGCUACCAUGUCAUCAGCAAAUGUACCGGUACAGACCAUCAAAUCAAAGCCUUCUUCCGUAAUCAGGGACCCAAUCAACGAGACACGUGGGAUUACAAGAUAAGAGAGAAAAACAUCGAUAAAAAAAUAGACUUUGCAAUCUGCGAACUUUACAGUGAUGGUAAAAGCUUCCCACCGGCCUUCACGAAUUUCAGAGACUCAACACAUGCCGACAGCAGUUCCGAAUGUCUUGUGUACCUAAUAUGCUUCCAAGAUGAUGCAAACCAAAUUAAACUUGAUGUGCACUAUGACACGGUCAGAUUGAACAGCAAUACAUUUGAUAGUGAUCGGUUGAACAAUCUCAAUCGGAUGGUGAAGGAAAAGUACCCCAAAUAUAUAGAGAAGCAAAGCAUUUAUUGGGAUGCAGACUCGCAUAGAUAUUAUGGGCAUGUGCCUUUGCUGUCCAAAGUCACUCACGGAGGAUCCGGCGGUGUUGGAGUCUCCUUCGAUGGAAAUGGAAACGUGGUGGUGGACUUCAUGUACAAAGCAGGAUUCCCUGGAUUCUUCGAGACAGCCUCAACAGAUGAGAAAGAGAACUUUCCGAUUUGUCUUUGCGUGGAAGUGGGUUCAAAAAUUAGGACGAUAAUGAAGAAAUCGGACAAAGAACUGUGGGAAUGUUGAUAAUAAACAGUAAAAUCGGUAUAGACAGUGUCUUUAUGACUUUAUGUCAUUAUGUAUACCAAUUAUUGUUACAAUGCUACUAUAAAUUCCUGAUAAGUUCAGACAGAAGUCUUCACAGAUGAAAAGUGCCUGUGGGAAACGGUGUUACGGACAAGGGUGUUCGCGGUUCGCUGUAGAAGCGGGAUCAUUUGUCUCGUUCGACACGAGCAGCAGAAGGCUGUCACGUGUACUCGGGUACACGGGUGGUGGAUGUUGUCAGAGUGGUCAUUUCUAGUCGCCUACUAGGGACGUACGGUUCAUUCCAAAUUUAAGGAUGUAUAGGUUUAUUCUUAAGGUGGUUGAGUAAGGUCUGUUAAAAAGAGAGUAGACGGCGGUCCAACUUUCACCUCAGAGAAAUCAGACUUGUAGGGAAAUAAUAUUUGUCCCGCUUUAGGAUACAGGUUUCCGGGGGCUAUCUCCGGUUUUCCCUGGGCGUGCAGGUUGAUUUUGAUGAUCGAGGUAUCUCUUUAUUGUCAUUUUGCGCAGUCUACGUCAGACUGCAGCGUACAUUUUUUUCAUGUCAGAUGACGACAAGCCGUUAAUUAUCAUUAUAUUUAUGAGGGUUUAUUUGUAUAUAUUUAUUUUGAUUGUGUUUUAUUUUUUGUCAUGGACUAUGUGUAAUUGUUGUUAAUAUAAAUACACUGAUUAAACGCCCACCGCCAUACGUCUUUUCGGUGAGCUAGUCGCUCAGAGGUCCGAGACAGUGAUAUUGUCUUCUGUAUAUGACUUAAUAUAUCAUUAAUAGUUUCAGACGGUAUUGGUGUCAAAAUAUAAAGAUGUUAUAUACUUACAGCUGUAGGUGUAGGCGCUAAAAUAGGCACUUUAAAGUACACGAGAGUCCACGAAAUGAGCCAAAUGAAAUCCCCAAUGAAAAUUAACCAUUUCACAUUACAUCGAAUUAUAUUGUACAAAUGAUAUGAAUAAAAACAAAAUACAUUGUAAAAUGUAAGAGAAAAAACAGAAACUAAUACUUUGUAUAUGAAUCUUAAUGCAUGUAGUCAUAAAUUUAUCUGUCUUAAUUUGAUACAUCUCAUUAACGGUGUAUACUAGUUUAUGUGUCUUAAAACUUCUAUUUUACAAAAUGUGUACGUUAAAAUAUGUGUUUUCAAUUUAAUACUUCUCAUUAACGGUGCAUACAUGUGUCUUAAAACUUCUCAAUAACAUGAUGUAUACAU